GCAGCAGCAGCAGCUGUUAAAGUGUCAUCGCUAGUUUUAGGUUAAUAAUUUACUAAUAUAUGGAAACUGAAUAUAUAGAAACUGAGGAAAUGGAGGAAGUCCACGAGGAUUCCGAGCCACCUCUCUGGGAGCUAGUGGAGGAGGAAGAGGUGCCAGGGACUUUUGAUCUAUGCGAAGAAGAGCUUUCCGAAUCGGAGAGAUAUUUUUGCUAUGAUUGUCAUAGAAUUUUUGAGAAUCGCGUGUCCGCCGAGGAGCACAUAUGCCCGCAGGCGGGUCAAACGGAAACGGAGACUGCCGAACCCCCAGUGGAAGUCACUCCAGCUCCAGCUGUAGUUGCCAGAAAUAUGCAAGUCACCUGCCACAUAUGCAACACGAUCUUUGGUUCAAGCAAAGCCCUCAAGUUCCACAUGCGCAUGCAUGGCAAGGUGUCGACUAAGAGCAUACAGGAUGCCCUGCCAGUAGGAGCUCAUCAGCAGUACAAUCAGCUUGAUCAGUUUUACUGUGAGAUCUGCAAUAAGAGCUUUGAUGAGAGCUUGUUGGCUGUGCACAAGCAGAUGCAUCAGGAAUCUUCGUUGGAACAGCUCAUGUGCAGAACCUGUAAUCGCAAGUUCGACAAUGUAAACGAAUACGAGAUGCAUUUGAAAAUGCAUGAGAAACAGACGGAUAAACCUACCUCACGUCCAGUGCCAUCCAAUGGCAAGAAGAUUAGAUCUGAUAAACCUGGAUAUCCAUGCCAAUAUUGUGAGCGCGUGUUCCUGCGACCCUAUGAGAAGGUGAAACAUGAACGUGUACACACGGGGGAAAAGCCUUACGCCUGUGAAGUGUGCGGGAAAACCUUUCGUGUAACCUAUUCCUUGACUCUUCAUUUGAGAACGCACACAAACAUCAGACCUUAUGUCUGCACAGUGUGUAAUAAACGCUUUAAAUCGCAUCAGGUGUAUUCCCAUCAUUUGCGUAUCCAUAGCUCGGAGAAGGAAUAUGCCUGUGAUAAGUGCCCAAAGACAUUUCGCACUUCGGUGCAAUUGAGUGGCCAUAAGAAUACCCAUACCAAACCCUUUGAAUGUACCAUCUGUAAUCGUCCCUUUGCCUCUUUGUACGCGGUCAAGGCGCACAUGGUUAAUCACAAAGACAAGGCCCAGGAAGGGCAGGGAGCCAGCAAAAAGCCUUCCACAAAUGGCAAAUUCUGGUGCACGGUCUGUGGAGCUGAAUAUUCGCGUAUAUUUGCCUAUCGCCAGCAUUUGAAGACGGCUCAUGGUCAAAGUGAAGAUAAUGGGGAGAAGAAACCUCGUCAAUUGUUGGAGGAGGAGGGUGGAAUCGAUGAUACUGAAGCAGCUGCUCUCAGAGCUGCAGCCGAUGCAGAUGCUGCCUAUAUGCUAAGUGAUGUGACUGUCGUUGACACCAUUCCCACUUUGGAAGAGUUUGAUGUGGAAAAUCUUCACACCGAAGAGAUCAUCACUGAUUGGCUUACAUGAGAUUGGAAUACAGAAAUUUACUGAACAAACUUUAUUGUGAAAUAUAUAUAAAACUGGAAAUAAAUCAAAUGUAUAUAGCA